AUGGGUCGCAUUUUUACAUUGUUAUGGCAACAGUUUUAUAAUAAUUACGAAAAAAUGUCCAAGGCAAUAUUAUGGAAUAAUAUAUUAUCAGAUUCUCAAUUAGAAAAAUAUGGUUUAAUUCCUGAAGAAGUCUAUAACAAUGCAACUUUAAACUCUGGCUCAUUCCAAACUCUUCAAUCAUUCAAACUGUCACCAGAAAAUUCAUGUGAAGAUUAUCAACAUAAAUCUGUGGAUAGUACUUCAUUGAGACCAAAUUCAGAUUAUGCAAAAAAAUGUACUCCAAAAGAAUAUUUAACACGUUUUAUAUUUCCUAUACUUUUGCCUGCUAUGGAAGCAAUGCUUGAACAAGCAAAACAAGGCCGCUGUUUUGAGAAAAAACGUUUUGGAUUUAAUGGAUUAGACUUUCUAACAUUCUAUUUAUAUAAACAUAAUUUCUAUACUAAUGAAGAUGAACGUAAAAAUGUACAAAGCUUAUUGAAUAUACCAUGGAUUAUUGAAGAAUGGAAGAAACAUCCACGUAAACCAUUACCAUUUAGUUUACAAUGGACAGAUGAAGAAGCAGCAAUUAAGCUACAAUCAUAUUGGAGAGGUUAUCUUGUAAGGAAAAUCCCAGAGGUUUGUGAACUUCGACAAUGGCAAAUGGAAUGGAGAAGAUAUAAUCGAUUGAAAGCUAACCAACUGGAAUAA